GCCGUCGUCAUCUCCGUGCGCCCUGCGUUCCCAGGUUGCGGAACGGGGGCACAGUGUGGUGGGUUCGUCAUGUUCAUAAACCUUUAUUCCUCCUUUUUCCCAUUCGUAGUCUAUAUAUACUCGCCUAUAUCCUUGGAUGGAAGUCAUCCAAGCGGCGGGGGCGGCGGUGUGCGUGGUGGCUCUUUUGGUUGCCUGCCUGCCUACAUUGUUAUAUCUUGGGAGGGAAGAGGCUGGCGUUUUCACUCAGUUGGGCCCUCAGCCACCUAGCAGGAUACCGGGGAGAACGGCAGCUGUUUGUAUACCGGAUGACUUUCGACCAUUUUUGGAAGAGGUUCUAUCAGUCGGUACUGGAACCUACUUCAAAUGGUCGUUGUGUUAGGGGGCAAUAAGAAAGCCGGACAGGAUAUACCUAGGUAGAAGCAUCGCAAGUA